GCUCGGAGCGUCUUCGCGUCGUCACGUUUUCGUCGUCGUUUUUUCUCGCGGUUCCCUCCGUUGGCUAUCCUUUCGUACGUUAGCCAAGAAAUCGCUAAACACUCUAUCCUUCGACGAAACGAACUUUUCUCCGUGUUAUCGUCGUCGUUUCUCGUCGAUUCGCUCGCGUCGAACCGUUCGAUGUCGACGCACGCGGAUUCUUUGGUUUCCGCGGGAACGAAAGGGCCGCGAGGCGUUUCGGUCUGACCGCGUGAGGAGCGCGAGGCGAAACGAGAUAUCGAAUGAGGAGCCACGGGAACGAAUCGGUGCCGCGGACGGAGAAGAACCGAUUCUCGACGCGGGACUGAGAUCGUCGAGGAUGCGAUUACGUUAACGCUCGCUUUCACGAUCCCGUCGAGAGCGAACAAUCGUCACGAUCGAUCGACCAAUCUCGUACACGAUGCUGAUUCUUUUGCUCUUGUUAUUAGCAACGGGCGCACCCGCCUCCGAUCUUUACUUUCCGCAGUCGAAUUUGAGCAUGAGAUUACCGUACUUACCGCGAGACGACGGGAAAUUUUCGCGAAACUGGACAUUGCUCGAACUCAGGACGCUUCGAAACGAUUCGACGGAACCGAAAGGAACAAACUAUCGAAUCGCCGUGCCACACGAAUCGAUCGCUUCGAUCGAUCCCUUUACGAACAGCCUGUUGCUACACGCUCUUCCGAAACGAGGCGGACCGGAACACGAGACGAUCGUGGUGUUGGCGAACGAGACGAUCGGCAACGAGGCUGCUUUGGAAAUAAGAGUGAAGCCGAUACGACUGAACAACGAACGAAUCAACUGCACGGACUACGUACAGGACAUGUGCUUCUGGGACGAAUCCAGCUACAAAAUUUACGAGAAUCAACCGAUCACGAUGAUCGGCACCUUCGGACCGGCCAUUUACGGGAAACUUUGCCCCAACUUUCGCGUGACCGACUAUAAAUUGUUAAACGGGACGGAGUACUUUCGCGCGACGAGCAACGAGCUGUACAGUCGCGUGGCUCUCGACAGGGACGCGNUGGGUCCACCGGGAGGUCCAGGACCACGGGUCGCCGUUCAACUUCAAUGCGUCGUCUGGGACGAAAUUACCGGGACACAGUACGCGCCGAUCACCGUCAUUCACGUAGACAUUUUGGAUCAGAACGAUAACCCCCCUACGGUGCAAGGAAACGAUUCCAUCGCGAUCACGCUACGAGACUUUAGCACGGGUGACAAGCUGGUGGACGACAACAACUUGAUACUGAAAGACGCGGACGAGAAGAGCAGUAACAGUUACUCCGUACGCGUACUCGGCGAUACUCACGACGCUUUGAACGUCACGUACAACGCUUUGCCGAUCGAGCUUUCCGACGGAGUUUCUUACACCGCGAUAAUCACCAGAAUAUCGGCGAAAACCACGCUCCUGCCAAAAUCUCCGUACCGAGUGACUCUUCAAGCGAAGGACGAGUCCUUGCUCCCAGGAUACGGAGAUAACACGUUAAACAUCUCGUUGACGUUCUACGGACCGGAACACCGUACCACGACCACGACCGUGCCGUCCGUAUCCUCGAGACAACAAUUCUCCUACCCUUCGAGCGUUCGAGUUGCUCGAUUGGCGUCCCGGUACUCGCGGGUCGCGAAACCGACCAACGAGCCGCAUCCCUCCACGAAUUUCACCGUCCACGGAUCGAGCGCGUUCGCCGUCACUGAACGCGGGGGCAUCGUCUACGUGGCGGACGAGAAUCUGCUGAAAACGGAGCCGUCGAAUUUGCUGCUGAAGAUCAAGUGGAGCGAAAAGGAUCAGGCCGUCUCCUCCAGGUCCAUGAAAAUCAAUUUGACAGCAGCGACGAAAACGAGCCCGUGCGAUCACGCGCCGAACGAGAUCGCUCGUCCGCGUUCCUGNNGUUCCUGCGCGAACGCGGAGACACCGGAGGACUGCGAAUCCAGUUGCGGCGUCGCCAGUGGAUUAUACAGUAACGGCAGUUUUUUCGGUCACUGUGUCUGGAGAUGGAACAACAAAUCGAACCAACUUUCGAUCAUGUCGGACCACUAUCCUACCUGCUCUCCCGACUUGACUCACUGUCCCGACAACCGAUGCGACGCCCUCGAACAGUUGGAUCCUCGAAUUUGCCCGCAAGACUGUACUCUCGAAUCGGACGUACACUUUGCUCACAUGAACGAAGGAGGUCGAGGAAUAAAGAGCGGUUUGGGAACGUGCGCGUGCAACGAUCAGCUGCAGUGUACCUGCAACGUGGACCGCAUGCCGAACGACAACGGUGCUAACAGACGAGACGUUAAACCGCGUUAUCGAGACACGGAAGAGGAUCUUCUCGUAUCCGGCGCGCGAAAAGCAUCCAGCGGACCGUGCGGCCCCUUCUGUAUGUUGGGCGUGAUCGCGGGCGGCUUCUUUUUGCUCGUGGCGAUCGUCGGUUCUUUCGUCACCUCGAGAUACAGAAUGGCCGCGAAAGAAGCGCGUCGAGAGGGCAAACGGAGAGUCGAUCGCGACGCGAACGGGAUCGGAGCUUUACCCUCUUCGGACUACAUCGACCGAGGAGACGGCUUAUUAGUCGGAUUGGAUACCUUUACCGCGGCCAAUCGUCACUUUCUUCUUCCCAAAACGGAUCCGCCGGAUCCGAAAUGGGAAUUUCCACGAUCGCGACUGAGCAUCGAACAAGUGUUGGGCGAAGGAGAAUUCGGCCGCGUACUGCGAGCCAAAGCCAUCGAUAUCGCGGGAAUACCCGGUCCCACCACCGUGGCGGUCAAGACGCUCAAGGAGAACGCUUGCGCUUCGGAAUUGGCGGAUUUGUUGUCCGAGUAUCAGCUGCUGAAAGAAGCUCAACAUCCGAACGUGAUCAGACUACUCGGUGCUUGCACCACCGCCGGUGCUCCGGUCUAUCUCAUCAUCGAAUUCGCGGAAUUCGGCUCGUUGAGGAAUUACUUGAGACGCAGCCGACACUUGGAAUCCGAGGGAAGGCUCGGUGGUUGUCCGUCGUUGUCCAACGUCGACGGGGACUCGCAGGUCGCGGAGAGGAGGACGUCGACGACGAUUUACUCGGUGACGCCGCGCGACAUACUUUCGUUCGCUUGGCAGAUUAGCAAAGGAAUGGCCUAUCUCGCCGACAUCAAGCUGGUUCACAGAGAUCUCGCUGCGAGAAACGUGCUGCUGGCGGCGGACAAGGUUUGCAAGAUUUCCGAUUUCGGUCUAACGCGAGACGUGUACGAAGACGACGCUUAUUUGAAGCGUAGCAAAGGCCGAGUUCCCGUGAAAUGGAUGGCGCCGGAAUCGUUGGCCGACCACGUGUACACCAGCAAGUCGGACGUCUGGAGCUUCGGAGUUCUUCUCUGGGAGUUGGUCACGUUAGGCGCGUCUCCUUAUCCCGGUGUAGACGUGCACAAUCUCUACAACCUACUGAAAGCCGGAUAUCGGAUGGAGAGGCCAGCGAAUUGCUCGCAACAGCUGUACAAGUUGAUGGUGUCUUGUUGGCACCAAGAGCCCAACAUGAGGCCAUCCUUCAGAGAACUUACCGGCCAGUGGGAGAAAAUGUUGGAGGAUAGCGCCGAAUAUUUGGAUCUGAAUCCGAGAACCGUUCACAAUCAAGCAUACUUUGCUUCUCUUCACGCUUUGGAUAGUCCAAGCAGUUCUGGCAACGACGUCACGGACGGAUUCGAUGGCACCGAGACCGACGUCGUCAACUACUUGGAGAAACCGUCCCGCGACGCGGUAACCAAAUGCGACAAGAUAGACAAGCUUGGCACCCUCUGGCACGAACCUAUAGCCUCCUUUCCGGAAGAACCCGUGAAACUCUUGUACGCGAACGACCCUACGACCAAUUUCGGCCUCGAUCAUUACGAGAGUCCGAUCAAGUUCAGAAACACCAGCGUUACGAGUAACAGCGAGAACGACUUGGUCACUCCGACGAACGAACGGUCUCGUUCCUACAUCGACAUGAAAGGAAAAAAAUCCGCGGAAACGGAAGAUCUUCUCGCGUUCGUCGCCACGAACGACGACGAGACCCAGCCAGAACAAGAUAACCCGGUUGAAAAAUAAUAGGCGAACGAUCGAAUCGAUGAACGACAGCACACGUUAGAACGCGCAAACGAUCGCUCGAUAGAUCGAAAAUCGAUUAAACGUUUCGUCGUUUACUCGCCUCUUUGCGCGCGUAAACGUCUACGUCGUUUCGUCCUAUGGUAUUUUUUCUCGGUCAACGGCACGACGAACGAUUACGAAAAGCUAAUUAAUCUCGAAUCGUUAGAAACUGCAUCGUUAAACGUUUACGCUUCCGAUCAAACUUUUCCAUCGCAUAAGGCUUCCAAUUUGUACGCGUGCACCGAAUAAAAGUACGACAAUCGAAUGCUCGAGCGAGCGAGCGAGCGAGCACUACUCCGAGAUUUCAUUUUCGGUCGAUGUAACCAUAUCUUCAGAAGACUGCGUUUCCGUACCUUGCCGAAUAAAAUUCGUCCUGUUUCCAUUCGUGUACAAAACACGACAUUCCGUCGCGUUAGUUCGUUACCGUAAACGAGUACGAAUUUCAUUCGCGCGACCCUCUAUGUUCGCUUAUUUUCCAUAGUCUUCGGCACGAACUAUCGCCAUAAACGUAACCGUCAACGUCGCGUUUACGUAGCGUGAGCUGGACCCGCUGAUCUCACGCUUAUACGCGCACACUAA